AGAAAAUCAAAUGAGAAGAAAACUGCUGUAUUUCAUGGAAAUAGCGUAUUCUGCUUGGAAAUAUCUGGUGAACAAGCAAAUAUAUGUUUAGAUUAUCCUUUGAAAGCAAAACUUGAAAGACCACAAAUAAGUGAGCAUAUUUGUUCACACACUGAUUCAUCUUCACUUGUUAUAUCUCUAACAUUGGAAACAGAUUAUUCAACUCCAUCUAUUUCAUUAGGAGCAGCUGAGACAACUUCUCCAAAAAUUAGGAUAGGCAGAGGACUUUCACAUUUCACUUUCAAACUUAAAGAACCUGAUCUUAACCAAUAUUUUAACAAGUUACAUAUUUCUAUAUUGCCAAAACCUGAGGGGUUACAUAAGCAGCUCACACCAGUUACUGGACAGGUAGAAUGGGAACAAAUCCCAAUUCCUAAAACCCAGCAACACCUGAAAACACAGACAAAAUCAUCUAAUUUUGACUUUCCUAGGCUCCAGAUAGAUCAUGUGUUUACCAUAGUUAAAUCUGUGCAUGCAAACCAAUUUUCUGUGACCCCUAAGGAUACACAGUGUACAGUUCAGCCUUUCCAUUCAUCUGAAGAACAGAAGCCUCAGUUAAAGAUUUCCAGUCCCAUAGUACAUCCUGUUGUGCCAGUCACAUCCAAAGAAAGGUCUUUCAGUGUUCGUCCUUUAAAGCCAGAUCUCUGUAACUACAAAACUAAGAAAGAAACAGCAGCAGGGUAUGUGCCCUUAACAGAGGCUUUUGCAUGUCAUUGCAGUCAGUUGUGUGAUUUGAAUGUCGUAGUGCAUUCAAAGUGGAGAAAUUCUGGUACUGAAAAAUUCCUAAGCAGUAAUAGAAAACCAUUCAGAAGAGGAAGUGCAGUAACACCCAGAUUUUCUGCACACUCUUUAUUAAGUGAUAGAUACAGUGGUGACAAGUCCCGCUAUACCUCUUCAACAAAAAGAAAAAGAGAUUUGAAGAUGCAAAGUAUUCUGAACUUUUGCUUUGGGUGGCCUGGAGGUCAGAAAAAAUGUGAGAUGCCAUCUAAAGCAAAGAUACCUCCUGCUGCAGAGGAUGCAGACACAAAACAGGAGGGUCUCUUGAUCCCUCCACCUCUCCUACUUGAGAGCAGGAGCCCAACCACCCCUCUUCUUCCACCAAGGGGGGGGGGUGUGAUACCCCCAUUUCACCAGAGUGAAAAAGAGAGUCGGAGUCCUGCAGCUGGAACAUUACAUGCUGAAGAUAAACCAAGUACCAUGACCUUGCCUCAUACAAGGAAUAUCGAAAACAUAGCCUUCUCCUCUGGUGGAGAAACUAAAUUAAAGGCCAAUAAUACUUAUAUGCCUUUGGAGAAUCUGGAUUCUGAAUCCAACCUUGUGCCUUCUAGAGACUCAGUCAUGAAGAAACUCUUGUCUUGUAGAUGUGGAACUAUGCCACAAGAUGGCCUCUUCCCUAAUGGAGAUAUUUCCCAGUCAGUUAAAAACAUAGUCAAAACCAGUCCUGGUACUAUUAGAGGAACCUGUAAACCUGAACAAACAAGGAUGAGUAGCCAGAGUGAAAAAGCAGAUGAUGCAUAUAGAACGUCUCACUGUAGUCACCAAGUUAUUUUCCCAACUCAUUUGUCUUUUGAAAAUGUACAUAAGCAUGAAGACGCAAGAAAACACUUCACAAGUACACAGUCUUACUUUGAGAAUGGAGUUCCAGCAAAGACUAUGAAAGAAGAGCUCUUAAACAAAGGUAGGAAAACUGAAACUGAUGAAAAGACAAAUAUCAGAAGUGAUAUGGAUGCUGCCACCAUGCAGCAAAGUUGUGUAAAUGGCUUACAUGCUUCAACACCUGCUGAGGAUGGUGAGGGAAAACAAACUCUACCCAAGUAUUCUGUUCCUCACCUCUACUGCUGCCCAUCCUGCCAGCCUGCUGCUAAACAAAAUUUUGGCACAUCAGGUGACACUUAUAACUGCUUCCAGGCAAAGCAGAAAGUACCUGAGAGUUAUUUGAGCAUAGAGAAAGGAUUUGCAAUUGAUCCUUGCCUGGGAAGUAGAAGCCAGUGCACAUGUUCUCAAGAAAUUCCACUUCACUGAAUGGAAAACAAUGCUGUAUAUGAGAAGAAUAGAACUAAACAUUUAAGGAGAAAUGACGAAGACCUGAAUCAGGUUUGUCCAACUUAAAAUAUUUCUCUCACGCACACCCACACACUUUCAUGCGAUAUCAUUAAAUACCUUGGGCAGAAUCCUGUUUCACUUUAUAUGCUUAGGUGUCACUUACCCAACCAUGUAACUGUCAUUUUUGGCAUGUAAACACAUUUGAUCUUACUCUGUGUUCUUACACAUACAUACAGCUGCUGAGUAGGCAGCCCUCUGCCUGGGGAGGUACACAGCUCCAUACUCCUGCACUCAAUGUAAGCACUAAAAUUGUGGCCUGGUAAAAACCUAGAGGAGAUAUAUCCCAACAGCCUGCUGGUUAAGGCACUUGCCCAUGAAGUAGGGGACCUGGGUUCUUGACCCUUUCACCCAGCAGGUUUUCAAUCUGUAGCUCCAACUUCCACCACAGUAUCUUUAACCACCAGGCUGUAGGUUAGGCAUUAUCAUGUGUCCUGUCCUUGAACCUGAGCCACUGCACCAUCCAUUGAAUAGCUACUGGAUAAAUUGGAUGGACAGCAAUGAGGAAGUUUCCAUUGUGAGCAAAGAUCCAGGGUCUCCACCCUUCCAGGACAGUAGCUGUCUUAUUGAGCCACGCAUCCCCUAGCUUGUAUUCUUUCUCCUGGCCCCACAUCACUUUCUUGAUUGCCUGGAAGACCAGCCUCAGGAGGAGCUGGAGAGGGGACUGGUUAGUGCUUAAGCUGCAGCAUGGUAGUUAGUACACUAUUCAUUAGUUAGCUACAGGUUAAAACCCCACUCUGGGUGAGGGGUGGGACUCAAACCUGCCUCCUGGGCAAGUGCUCUGACCACUAAGCUACUGGGCUAAAACAGGGAAGGAUGGGCUGCAAGUCCUCUUUCAUCUAAUCACUUAGUCACGUGAAUGGGUUUGCCUGUGCAGAAUUUUGUGAAUUUACAGUUGCCCAAGGUUUAAAUGGAGCUGAAUAUUGGGCUGGCUGGAGUGAAGAAUACUAUGAAUCAGUGUCCCAGGGACACCGGGGCUAUAGGGAAACCCUGGCCCAAAACCAAAGAAAAAGGAAGCACUUACCCCUUGCAGGAGCCGAGGACAGCAGAGGAGCGCACGCCGGGAAAUCACCCGCGCAUUUUGUUAGCCACGCUCACAUCCAGCUGAGAGCGGGUGACGUCAGCGAGAGAUGCCACCCGGUGGGAAUAAAGUACAGCGCUGGGAGCACAGGAAGGAGACUGCAGGAGACCAUGGAGCCCGCGGGGAAGCCCGAGGUCAUAAGCGGGCACACACGGGGUUUCUCUGCCUCGGGCAGGAAAAGCUGCAGCAGCGCCGGGAGCGGUGAAAGCAGCAAGAGCCGCAUCUACGGGAAUGCCAGCUGUGAAGCUGACGAGAGAGCCGGAUGCUUCAAAAAAUCAUUGCUGUUAGAAAACGAUAAAGGAAAACAAGUCAUCUGUGAAGGCAAAGCUCAUUAUGGCCUAAAAGUGUGUGAGAGAGAUCACUGAGUGGAAACAACAAACAAUGACUUAAAAUUAUGGAAAUGAUAAUUUAUGUCAAAGUAUCUGAAUAAUGACUCUCACAUUAAAGUAGUUGCUAAACGAUGAUAGCCAAGGGAGGUGAUGAAGUGCAGUGCACCACCUAGGAGAGGACAAAAGCCACUGGUAUAUUUAGUUAAAAACUGUUAACUGAGUUACAGCCCCCAAAGGUCAUGUGUACUGCGAGCCUAUGUAGAAACUUGUCCCCAUUACUAGUACCCUGGUCCUUCCUCCCCCACUUCACUGUGGUACAUAUGUUUGCUCAUUUGGUCUUGUUUCACUUAGGUUAUAACCACCUUGGGGCAAGCUGACUAUCUUUGAAUAGCACCUAGGCUUGUGCAUGCUACAAUUGUAUGGUAGUGAGGGGUGUUGGGAAUUCCAGCUCAGGGUCACUGUGACCUCACAAAGGGCAGUUUUUGCUGCAUACGGUCUAUCUCCUAUGUGGGUGUAUAAAGGAAGAAAGAGUUAAGCAGCCUUCUACUCAGCCUCCUUGUAUUCCUUGCAUAUAAGUCAAGCAUUGUUAUGCUCUCCUUUCUGCUAGUGCUCUCUGAAAAGAGGGAGCAGAGGACGAGGGCAAGGGUCUGCUAAUUGGUGAGACAGGGAAAGUGUAUCCCCAGAACAGAUCCUCAUAGACUUCUCUGUGCCAUCUGUCAGGCAGGUAACUCUGCCUCACAAGGGCUUAUGAGACAAAGUUGUUUAAAGCAUGUAAUUAUCUCUGAAGACAGUAAAUUCCCUGUAGCCACCAGCUAGCAGUAUGAGCAACUUGCUGUAGUCAAAUUGUUGAGUUAGCCUUGCUUGGCUGGCUCUCUGUUCCCAAAUCAUAGGACUGAAGUCAUGGUGUCAGUGUGUCCUGGCAGGGAUAUUCUUAAAGCAUGCCCUGGCCACCCACUCCCACUUGUAUGCAUCAAACCUGCAAAUACGCUAGUAUGGUCUUUUUGAGGGCAUCUGCCCACCACCUUUCUUGAGACCUCAGCCUCCAGAAUGCUUGAAACUAGCCAUGGGGAACAGCACAAGCAGUUUCACCAGUGUAUUUCUGUGUUUGGAUUAUGUGAGCAAGAGCAGGUGAGUGGGAUAUGUUCAGAGACAUCCUUGCUAGGGCACACUGCUACCAUGGUGUGGGCAACCCCAGAGAGCCCUGCAGGCCUGCUAAAAUAGUGCUACUUGCUUCUCUGAGUAGCAAUGUUCUGUUUGACCAGUUCUCUGCAACCCCUUCCACAUCCAAAUCCAAAAUCCCCAUCUCCCUUAGAAACAUCUUUUCCCCCACAUUACUAUCUUGAAAGCUGUUAGGGUGACAAUAUUUGGAUCUUGGGGAGCACUGGAUUUGCAGCUGAAUACAGGGCUUUUUUCUACGUCUCAGCAGAGCUGCUGACCACAAGGCAGAAUGAUGUAUUAAAAAUAACAUUGCAAACACGUAGGCAAGCAGUUUUCUAACAAGGUCGUAGUGUUGUAAAGUAUGGAGCCUAUUGUGUAAGAAGAACAAGAUGCAGCUCACCAGCUAUCAUCAGAAGAUAAAGCAGAAGCAAGGCCUUGGAGAUGAAGGAGUCAGCAAGAAACCAGAAAGAACCAGCGAGUGACCGAAGGAAGUGGAGGUCAAAGUCUUAAGCAUGCGCCCAUAGCAAAAAGGCAUGUAAAUAAAUGAAAUGCAUAAGCAAUCCCAUGCUAAUGAAGUAAACAGUAAACAGAGGUGGAGCUAGAGAUAGGAGGAGAUAUGGGUGGAACCAAAGGAGGGGUGAAGGUGGAGUAAAUGUUAAUGAGCAUGGACCAAGGUGUAUAAAAUGUGAAAAAAACUAAUGUUCGGGGCAGGUCCCCUGGUUCACAGGCUGUGUGUCUGAGGGACCUGGCCCAAAGCUGUCUCCAUUCUGAAUAAAGCUGUUGUGAGCAAUGUA